UUAGGGUGAAAAAAACCUGAAAUCAAUCCCACUCCCCAAGAAGGAAAAUGAAAAUGAAAAUGAAAGGUCCUUUUUCGUACUUUUUUCAGCUUUAUUGGGUUCUCGCUUAGCGUAACAGUUACUUCAAUCGCCAACUUACGCGACUUCCAUCCACGCGCCUUCGAGCAAACCCCCGUACUGAAAAGCAAAAGUGGUUGAAUCUUCCUGAAUCCUGAAUCUAACCAAAGCCAAAUAUCGCAUUUCUCACAAAUUUUACAACAUUAAACAAAACAAAAAAACUGUGGAAAAUCCCUUCACCGGAAAAAUCAAUGGGCAACACGUCGUCGAUGCUUACUCAGUACGACAUCGAAGAAGUACAACAACAUUGUAACAAUGCGUUUUCGCAGCAGGAGAUCUUGUCGCUGUACGACAGAUUUUGCCAGUUGGAUCGAAACGGUGGCGGUUUCAUCUCCGCCGAGGAGUUCUUAUCCGUGCCUGAGUUUGCCGUUAAUCCUCUCUCUCAGAGACUGUUGAGGAUGCUAGAUGGAUUGAAUUUCAAGGAAUUCGUGGCGUUUUUGUCUGCGUUUAGUCCUCGUGCAACUUUGCAACACAAAAUUGAAUUUAUAUUUAAGGUGUAUGAUUCGGAUGGCAAUGGGAAAGUUACCUUUAAUGACAUGUUGGAUGUUUUGCAUGAUUUGACUGGCCAAUUCAUAUCUGAACAGCCGAGGGAGCAAGUUUUAACUCAAGUUCUCGAGGAAGCAGGCUACACUAAGGAGUCCUUGUUAGUUAUGUCAGAUUUUGUAAAGAUUCUUGGGAGCUCUGGUUUGAAGAUGGAAGUUGAGGUUCCAGUGGACUAAACUGAGGGUAACCAUUCUAUGCAAUAGUGAAUUCCUGGCAUUGGCAACAUAGAUUUCUCUUUUAAGAAACUGGUGCUGUAAUGCUUUUGUUGUAAUGUGUCUAGUCUAGUUAACUCCUCAAAUUUAAAAACCCAGCCUUUCUGGAUGUCACCAAACUUGAAACAGUUAAAUGCUAUUACUUGUUUCAUGCGUAUUUCUUCCUUGGGGCUUUGUUUAAAUGGGAAGGAGAAAAAGAAAUGGCAUCUCUGAUCUCUUCUUUGUUUGAAAAACAUUCUAGUGGGGGGAUCAGAAGGGGUACAUGUAUCUUUUUAAAACCCUCCAAAAUCCAAUUUCAUAUAAUUUUAACUUAAAAAUGAUAUAAUUAUAAAGUAUUUUAUUAUGAGUCAUCAUUUCAUUCCCCUUUGAUCUUUAAUUAAGUAAGAAUUAUGAUGCCUUCUGCUAUUCUUCCACAGAGGAUUAAACCAUGAAAAAAGUUUAGUGCAGCCACAUUUUAGCUUCCUACUAAAAUUUGUUCCUUGUUAUAACAUGAAAAUCACCUCUAAGAUUAGAUUAUCACUCUUUUUACAGUCAUUAAAAGAGUCCCUUUGAUUCUUCUCCAUGAUCUUGUAUUGCCUUAUUACUUCUAAUCCACGCAGUUUUAUGAAACAACAAUGAUUUACCCUCUGUUUAACAGUAUUUGCUGAUAAUAAAUAAUAAACUGCAGUACUUGUGUUUUACGUGUUUGCUUUCCAUUACUUGCAUUAAUAGACAUUCAAGUAAUAUUCCUUAUGGAAGUCCAUGUCCAGGGGGCAUUAGAUCAUACUUACCCCUUUCUUUUCUUUUCUUUUUUUAUUUUUUAUUUUUCUUGUUGUAUUUUCUUGAGCAUGUGAGUGUGUGGUUUGCUUC